AUGGCUUUACUUAUCUUACCUAUAUCAUUUAAAUUAUCAAAUUUAUUAGACCAGUAUUAAACAUCUUUCACUAAGGUCUUUGAAUUUAUUUAAGAAAAUGAUGUUAAAAAUUAUGAUUUUGAAUUGAGAACUUUGAUUCAAAAUAUCAAAUUAGAGUAUGAAGACUAUAGAUUGAAUAGUUUUUCGCUUUUCUUGGACCAACUUUCUAUAAGGCAUAAAUUAAAAUGUUCUAAAAAAGAAUGCUUUUGUUAAUAGACUGACUCAUCUAAAAAAGAUUACUAGAUUACUGUUAUCAGUGGUUAAUAAAGAAAUUUUUUUUUAGGAGACUUUAUCAUUAACUGUUAUUAAGACUAUCUGAAAUAAAUCGAAGUAAAGAAACAGUAGCUUGAUACUUGUUCAUGCUUGAGUUACUUGAACUACUUGCUCUUCUCGAAUAGAUCUAAAGUUCUUGCAUUUACCGAGUUAAUUAGAUAUAGAAAUCAUCCUGAACUCUCUUUGAGGGAGUAAUCUCUUAUGAGUGAAUUAUUUAAAACAGCUAAUAAGUAGAUGCUAAGUAAAGAAAAUGAUAAAAGCUUUAUGGGUGCUAUCAAAUACGACGAGCUAAUAGAAGAAGCUGAAAAAUAAUUUUAAGAAACAAUCAAAAUGAAGGAAAAAUUUUUAAUAUUACUGUUUAGUGAUUUUAUAGAAUUAAAAGAACUAAGAUAAGAUGCUAUUAAACUAAAAUAGUCUAGAGAUUAAUUACAAAAAUAAUUAGUGGAACUAAGUAAAAUUCACUAUUCUAACCAGUCGUUAUAAUUUCUAUUAGAUAAUUACAUCAGUUUACUUGCAUUUGGGUAAACAAAAAAAAUUUUAUUCAAGAAAAAGAAUCAAAGCAUAUUUGCGGCGAAAAAUCGAAAGUAAUUGAAUAUAGAUUAAAAUCUAUUUGAUAAAGAUUGCUGUAUCCUUUUUAUCACUUUAGUCAAUAGAAUAGGAACUAUCAAAAAAUUUUAAAACAAAAUUACUCAAGUUUUUGGCUACUCUUAAAAAGAUCUUCAAGAUAAAAAUAUUUCAAUUUUAAUUCCUUCUCCAACCUAAAAAUUCCAUGAUAAUCUUCUUAAAAUAUACGUUGAAGGUAUAAAUGAGACUAAAAAAGAAGAAGAUUAUAUCGAUUAAAUUGAAUAAGAUAUAGCUCUACAGCUGGUUGAAUAUCAAAAGAAGGGAGGAAGUUUGAAUACUUAGAUUAUGAAAGAAAUCAUAUCUAAGAGAGAGUCUUCAAGCAGGUUUUUUCCUAUGCUAUUGGCAUUAAAUGCAAAAGGCUGGGCAGUCCCCGUUUCUCUUACUAUAAAAUUUGAUUGCAUUAAUUAAGAUGAUUGCGGGGCUAUAGGAUUAAUUUAGAAACUACACUCAGACUAUUACUAUUUACAAGUUGAUUCUGAUAAUUUCUAAAUAUAAGCUGUUUCUGAGUAACUUUAUUAAAAAGCUUUUGGAGAUAUCUUUAUACAAAAUGAUAUUAAAAGAAUAUACUUUAAUCGGUUUGCACCAUUUUUAAAGCAUCAUACUCAGAUAUCUAAGAAGAAAUCUUAAAAACCUUUAAUCUUAACUGAAUUUUUGAAACAAUCUAAUAACAUUGUCAGUUCUGAAUAAAAAAUAAAUUUUAAUACAAGUACAAUAGAGAACAAUGAUGUUUAAAAAACAUAUAUUUUUAUUCCCAAAGAAAAUCUCGCUGAAAAGAAUACUGUUUAUUUUUAUGAUAAGCCUAUUAUCAAUGAUUAACAACAAAAAAUAUAAAUUGAAAAUUACUCUCUUGAGCUUUAUGAUAUUUAUGUGACUAAAUUCAAAAUUUAUGUCAAAGAAAAUUCCUUCUUUUCAUAUUCAAUCUUAGAAUUUCAUAGCUUUAGAAAGGUAACAGAUUUCAAAGAAUUAAGAGAAACUAUGACAAAACUUUAGAAGAGAUUUAUUGACAUUUUGUAGAUAAAUUAUGAUAUUACAAAUAACCUGAGAUAUAUUGAUUAAAUGGAGAAUAUUUAACUAAUUUCGCAGGCCAAUGUCAACAGCUUUUUAGAUAUUAUUGAAGAGUAAAUUAAGUAAAAAAGUGAUGAUUAAUUACUAUAGUCAGGACUUAUACCUAUUUCAUCUGAGAGGUAUGAAGAAAAUAUAGAGGCAACUGAUAGAAACCAGAAUAGAUUUGAUUAAAGAUCUAAUUUAAUUCACCUUGAUCCUAAAACUAAUAUGGUUUCUCAUUAAAACUAAAAAGAAGAUAAUGAAAAUUAACAAGUCAAAUAGAAAAUAAGUUAAUUAGAAUAAAAUGACUAACAUGAAUUAUUCAAACUUGAUUCAACUCUAGUGAAUGCAGAAGGGGAAAAUCAUGAUAAUUUAGUUUUAAAAAAUGAUAAAUAAAAACUUAAGCAACAAAAUUUAUAAUUAUUGAAUCCUCCAAGCAAUAAAUUUGCUUCAAAUAAAAAACAAAAACUAUAAAAAUUGUAGUAAGAAUAAAAUAAUACAAAAGGAUAAAAUAAUAAUGAACAGAAAGAUUUAAAAUCAUUAGAGCUAUCUUACAAUAUUUUAUCUCCAAAUGAACAAUCAAUAAUAUCUUAUAGCCAAGAUCAAUCCAGAGUUUUUAUAAAUUAAAACUAAUUUCAAAAUUCAAUCACUGAUAGAGUAGAAGUGGAUGAUUUAAUUUAAAAUUAAAAUAAUUUUAGUAUCACCUAUACAAGAUAUAAUCAUGAUGAAAUUACAUCAAAUGUAGAUCAGCAAAAAAAAUAUAAACAAUUGAAAAACAAUAUUUUUUUGGGAGAAUAAAAUUAAAGAGAAAAUGAGGAAAUAGUUUCGUAGUUAUCAAAUAAUAAUUAGUAUUCAGGAUACAAUAAACCUUUUUUUAAAGAACAUUUCGAAGAUUUAGAUAGAACUGGAUUGUUUCCCAUUUAGAAUAAUUAGUAUGGAUCUAUUUCCAUACUAUCUCCAAAUUAAAUUUAUAGUAAACUCUCAUUAAAUACAACCACAUCAAGAAAUAUUCUUUCAAAUAAACCUUUACUUAAUAAUAUCAUUCUCUAAAGAUUAAAUUAGGAAAUGUUAAAGGAAACUGACAGAAAUAGGCUUAUUAAAAUGGAAACACUACGUGCAUCAUUAAAAAACCAUAAUUUAGAAGAUUUAGAACUUUGGAAACUAUCUUCUAUAAGAAAAGAGGUAUAAAUGUAAGCUCCUUAACCUGACUAUGGCAUAGACAGAAAAAGCAAAUUAGAAACUAGCUAUAUUGUUAAAGCAGAGAUAGAAUCAUCUGCAGAUUGCACGGAUACAAUAGAUAGGGAGGAAAGAAUCAAAAGAGAACUGCAGGAGCGUUCUAGAAUGGUAGCAGUUAGUUCUCGCUAAAGUAGUUAAAGCAACAACACAGACAUGAAAAGAAACUUAAAAAAAUCACUAAACUCAUAGAAAAAGAAUUUUUUGAUGAUAGUACUGACUAUUUUUGGAUUUUUAGCAUUAGCUUCAAUACUAACUCUUACUAUGUUUUAGUACUUCAGAAUUAAUUCUUCAUUUUCAACUGUCUAGAGAGAUUUUUAUUUUAUUCCAUGGCCUAUCGAUUUGAGAAGUGACUACACUAUCCCUCUUCUUUAUCAAGGAAUUUUAAAAUUGAUUCAAACUGGUUAAUUCAAUAGUAUUAAAGAUCCAACCCUUCAAACUACUAUACUAGAACGUAUGUCAACUUCUUAGAAGCAUCUUUUUUCUAUUUUCAACUAUUAUUAAACAGCUGAUAUUAAUGAUAGAGAUUAUUUCACAUACAUUAAUAAUAGUCCUAUUGAUUUGUUACUAGGCAUUGAUGAUGCUGUUAUCCCUGAUGAAAGACAGAAAACUUACUUUGCUUAAGAUAAAAUUUAGAUGGAAGUCAAUUUAGACUAUUUCAUUUAAGUUCUUUCUGCAUAUCAAUAUAAAGUAGUCAUAAAUUAGGGAAAUUUAAACUACUAUGAGAAGAUUUAAAUAGAUAACUAUUCAACUUUAGAAAGCUAGGCUUUGUUAGUUUCAUAGGUGGCUAUGGAUUGUGCUAAAAGUAGCAACGAUGAUGCUGUAUAAUAAACUUUAGUCUUAUUAAUAUUAGUAAUAAUUGUUUCUUUUGUUUUGAUAACUGCUAUAUUUCCACUUUACUACUAUGUAUAAACUAAUAAUUAAUAAUGCUUAAAACUAUUUGCUACAAUUUCUUCGGAAUAAUUAACCUCUAUGCUAAAGCCUAUUUAGUUUACUUUAGCCAUGAGUAAAAGUAUAAAAAUUACAACCAUGAACUUCAAUACAAACUUUCAAAAUAAAUACAAAAAACGUAAAAACAUAUCUUCUACAAGUCUUUUACCAAAAUUUAAAUAUAUCCUGCUUGUUUGUGGAAUUGUAGCUUUUCUUAUUUUGAUUAUAUAACCUAUCGUCAACUACGUCUUACUCCUUUAGUUUUAGAAAGAAGUUGAUCUAAAUAUUCAUCUUUUGAGCAGUUUGUAUAGUAUUAGAUCUUUGUUAAUAAGCACAUCUGCACUGAAUUAUUAAUACAUGUCAUACAGAACUGAUGAUAAAACAUUUUUAUAUAAUCCUUAAUUUUUUGCAGAAUAGAUUCCAUAAAUUAAUAAAAGAUUCUCAACUGGAAUUAGCUAAAUGUAUUAGAUCAUAUAAUAAGACCAAGGAUCUUCUAGACAUAAUCAGCAUUUAUAUGAUAAUUUUUUGUAUUAAUUGUUAACUAAAAAUGUAUGCGACUCAGUAUUAUAAUAUCCUGAAUAUGUUUCCCAAGAAAAUUAAAUAGAUGACACUCUCUGCAGAAAAGUGAGAAGCGGGCUAUUGACGAAAGGAUUCGAAUUAUCUGUAAAAGACUAUUACUAACACAUUCAAUCUCUUGAAGUACUUUAUUAAUUAAAAACUGUUUAGCAGUUCUAAGCAGAGAUAUAAAUAUGGACUGAACAAACCAAAAUUAAAGAAUUUGAUUAGUAUUUUACAUUACUAACAAAAUCUGUUCUAAUUAUGAAAGAUUUUAUGAUUUCUAUGAUGAAUAACUACCUAGAUUAUAUGAAAUUCAUCUAGACUGUUUUGUUAAUUUUUUAGAUUUUUGCUUUAAUUUUCUUAUUCGUAUUUGGAUGGAUUAAUUUCUAUCUCAAUAUUUAAAGCGACAUGCUCUUAACGAAAUAGCUCUUCAGUGUGCUCUCCAUUGAAACCGUUUUAGAAAAUCCAUAUAUCCUAUCAUUUUUAAAUAAGUGA